AUGAACUUAUUUUCUUGGGAUAGUUUUCAUAGAAAUGCAAAUGGGAUUUUCCUUUCUCAAAGAAAAUACAUCAAGGAUAUUCUGGUUGAUACUGGUAUGGAAGAAUGUUUUGUUGCCCCUGCUCCUUUGUCUACUAGUUUAAAAUUAUCUCUUGAAGUUGGAGAUAUACUUGAUACUCCUGAUGUGUAUAGAAGACUUGUUGGCAGACUUUUAUACUUGGGUAUCACUAGACCAGACUUGUCUUACUCAGUGCAGCACCUAAGCCAAUUUAUGCAUUCACCAAGAGUUCCUCAUUUAAAGGCUGCCCUACAUGUUAUCAAAUAUCUGAAAGGUACCUUAGACACUAGUUUAUGGUAUUCUGCUUCUUCAGAUUUUAAAAUCACUGCUUACAGUGAUGCUGAUUGGAGCUCUUGUCAGUUUACUAGUCGAUCUCUUAGCUCCUAUGCAGUCUUUAUUGGUUCUAAUCUGGUUUCUUGGAAGACUAAGAAACAACAAAGUGUGAGGAUGUUAAUCCUUUGA